UGACUUGACUUGUGCGGCGGGUCUGACUGCGGUGGAGCGACAUGCCGGUGGACGCUGGAGAGACACAGACUCCGUCCGUAGGGGGCGCUGCCGAUGCUGGAGGCGGGGAUGUUGCGCUGGAAGUGGCCGCGGGAGGAGCCGUUGCUGCCCGGGGGGCUCUGCUGCCUGACCGGCGGGGUGUGUCCGGCGAUUUGAACAUCCAGGGGGCCCCCUGUUCAGAAACCCCCCUCUCCAACCGCCAUGAUGCGGCUGCCGCAGCUGGGACUACGUUCAGCUCGCUUGGCACAGCUGGCACAGCUGGGACUACAGUCGGCCCACUUGGCACAGCUAGCAGACCCGUGUCUACAGUGGGAACAGCUGGCACAACCGUGUCUAUAGUCAGCAAAGCUGGCACACCCUCAUCUACUGUCGGCAUAUCUGGGACUACAAUCGGCUCGCUUGGCACAGCUGGCACACCUGUGUCUAUAGUGGGCACAGCUGGGGCCAUAAUUGGCUCACUUAGCACAGCUGGCACACCUAUGACUAUAGUAAGCAAAGCUGGCACACCCUCAUCUACUGUUGGCACAGCUGGGACUGCAGGUGGCUCACUUGGCACAGCUGGCACACCUGUGUCUACAGUGGGCACAGCUGGGGCUACAAGCAGCUCACUUGGCACAGCUGGCACUUCCGUGACUGCAGUGGGCACAGUUGGGGCUACAGUUGGCCCACUUGGCACAGCUGGCAGACCUGUGUCUACAGUGGGCACAGCUGGCACGCCCGUGUCUAUAGUGGGCACAGCUGGGACCAUAAUUGGCUCAUUUGGCACAGCUGGCACGCCUGUGGCUAUAGUCAGCAAAGCUGGCACACCCUCAUCUUCUGUCGGCAUAUCUGGGACUACAGUCGGCUCACUUGGCACAGCUGGCACACCCGUCUCUACAGUAGGAACAGCUGGCACAACUCUGUCUAUAGUGGGCACAGCUGGGGCCAUAAUUGGCUCACUUGGCACAGCUGGCACACCUAUGACUAUAGUAAGCAAAACUGGCACACCCUCAUCUACUGUUGGCACAGCUGGGACUGCAGUUGGCACAGCUGGCACACCUGUGUCUACAGUGGGCACAGCUGGGGCUACAAGCAGCUCGCUUAGCACAGCUGGCACUCCUGUGGCUGCAGUUGGCACAGUGGGCAGAGCUGGGACUACAGUCGGCCCACUUGGCACAGCUGGCAGACCUGUGUCUACAGUGGGCACAGCUGGCACACCCAUGUCUAUAAUGGGCACAGCUGGGGCCAUAAUCGGCUCACUUGGCACAGCUGGCACACCGGUGGCUGUAGUCAGUACAGCUGGCACACCCUCAUCUACUGUCGGCACAGCUGGGGCUACAAUCGGCGCACUCGGCACAGCUGGCACAUCCUCGUCUGCGGUUGUCACCGCCGGCACACCUGUCUACAUAAAUCUGCACACCUCCGGUGUGUCCAGCACCCCUUCCUCCACGGUGCCUAAGAUUGUGAUUAGCGCCGGGCGACUUGGCUCCGAGCUCCCAGCCGCGAUCGGGACCAGAUCGAGUCCCGCGGCGCUUCCUCCGAAAGCUGCAGGCCAGGGCGGCGUCGGCGUCAGCUUGGCGACCGCCUCGCAGGUCGGGGUUGCUCGGCUCGCCACGAUUUCCCAGGUGCCGGGCAAGGAGACCGUAAUCACCCUGCCCAGGGCUGCAACUCCGCAGGCCAGUGGGGGGCAGCGCGGCGCUCAGGGCGCCUCCGUGCAGCUGCCUGCCAACUUCCAGAUCCCUCAAGGCAUGAUGCUCAUCAGGAGCGAGAGCGGGCAGCUUAUGCUGGUGUCCCAGCAGGCUCUGGCCCAGGCCCAGGCCCAGGGGAUCAUCCCUAGGGCCGCCGGGACUGCCAACGGCUCCGUCGCCAGGGCCGCGGCGCCGCAGGGUUCUGCAGCAGCAGCUUUUAAGAAAGCGGAUGCUGCAGCUGCUGUAAGAGCACCACCUGUGCCGAGCAGCACACCUGGCACUUCCUACCAAAAGAUGUCUGUCCUAAAGGUAAGAGGCUACACUGCUGGUCAAACUGUGCGUCCAGCUGUCCCCCCACAAAGUGCUGCGCCUUUGGUCAUUCCCACUAAAACUGAGGGACCCAAAACCGCACCUGUAGCCACCAUCUCUGCGGAAACCCUGGAGAAUGUGAAGAAAUGUAAGAAUUUCCUAGUGACGUUAAUUAAGCUGGCCUCCAGCGGAACACAUUCUGCUGAAAUGGCAAAAAAUGUGAAGGAGUUGGUGAAAAGUCUGCUGGAUGGAAAAAUUGAGCCAGAGGAGUUUACAGACAGACUUUACAUGGAGCUGAAGUCGUCUCCACAGCCUUAUCUUGUUCCCUUUCUCAAGAGGAGUCUACCAGCUGUGCGCCAGCUCACCCCAAACUCGCAGCUCUUCAUCCAGCAGUGUGCACCGCUGUCGUCCACAAAGCCCACUCCCGUCCCUGCAGCUGUACCGCCUAUGACUGGGGCAGCAGUGAGCAAGACCUUGCAGGCAAAUGCAGGGGUUAACCAGCCGCUUAAAGCCACGCAGGCUACCAGGCCCACCCAGCUGGUGAUCCAGCAGCCUAGAGGAGUUGUGAUAAAGCAGUCUGCCGUGCCGGCGUCUGCGCAGAGCAAAGCCGCACCAAAGCAGCUGGUGACAGCGCUGCAGACGACUUCACAUCCCACAGGAGCGGCUGUGAAGCAGUCACCUCUUCAGGUGUCCAGAAUUAUCAGCCUGCAGCCCCCUCAGGUGCAGAAAAUCCCCUUCAAGGACACUGCAUCUGCAUCCUUCAGAGACGAGGAUGACAUCAACGAUGUGGCCUCCAUGGCAGGUGUGAACCUCAACGAGGAGAACGCUCGCAUCCUAGCAACCAACUCGGAGCAUGUGGGUACCAUAGUGCGGUCCUGCAGAGAUGACCCAUUCCUCUCAGUGGCUGCUUUACAGAAGCGGAUCGUGGAGAUCGGUAAGCGGCACGGCGUCGCGGAUAUCGGCACGGAUGUUGUGAGCCUUGUGUCUUACGCCACACAGGAGCGGUUAAGGGAGCUGGUGGAGAAGCUGACAGCAGUGGCCCAGCAUCGAAACGCAUCGUACAAGGAUGACCUGACCUAUCGGCAGACGACUGACACUCGCUCCCAGCUACGGUUCCUGGAGCAGCUGGACCGGCUGGAAAGGCGCAGGAAAGAGGAGGAGGAGAGGGAAGUGCUCCUACGCAUCGCCAAGAGCCGUUCAAACCGAGAAGACCCUGAGCUGCUACGACUGAAGCAGAAGGCCAAGGAGAUGCAGCAGUUGGAACUGGCACAGACGCAACAAAGAGAUGCAAAUCUGACUGCGCUCGCAGCUAUUGGGCCUAGGAAGAAACGACCACUCGAGUCCCUGGGCUACGGAUCGGGAAACGAGGCACCUGGCGCUCUUGCUUCCUCGGCCUCCUCUGUCGUCAAGCAGUCGUCGGUCCACAGGGUCACCAGGGUCAGCCUGCGGGACCUGGUCUUCUGCAUGGAACAGGACCCGGCACUGAGGCACUCGCUCUGCUUGUACCGGGCUCUGAUCAGAUGACCUUUGGGGUCACGGAAGCAGCGCUCUUGCACGUGGCUCUGCUGUAUCGGUCUCUCUCUCUC